UUUUCAUCGUAAACAGCAAGCGAAUCCUAUAUAGAUCCGCGAUGUUUGAAUAUGAAAAUGCGCCUUAGGAGGCGCAAAAUCGACAAUGGCAAGUGACGUUUCCAGUCGUAUACGUGCGCAGAAGUUAAUUAAUGGAUUAAACGUGACGAAGGUGGAAGACCGAAAGUUGUGAUGUAUCGCAACGAUAAUCAAACUGGUGGUAUGUUUGAAUAAAAAAAAUUAAGAAAAUGGAAAUCGUAAACGAUAGCAAAAUGGAUCCUGACGAGUAUAAAGGAUGCGAGAACGACGAUAUCGAGAAUUCGGAUGAAAGUGACAGACCUUCUGGUGAAAGAUGGGCACCCGUUGGAGCGAAUGAUGGUGACAACGAUUUUUCUGAUGAAUAUAAAUAUGUUGACAAUAUGGAAAAUUUAUCAUAUGAUAUGGAAAGGCUAAAGGUACUUGAAGAAGAGCAGGAGAUGCUUAAUUCAUCCCUCAUAGCAUUGACCACUCAUUUUGCUCAGGUUCAGUUUCGUUUAAGGCAAAUCGUGGAUGCACCUACAAAUGAAAAGGAAACAUUGCUCAAAGAAUUAGAAGAAUUUGCUUUCAGAGGAAUACCAGAUGUUCCAAAUAGUUUGUCAUUUGAUAGUAAAUCAAUUACACCAACUUCACCAAUGUCCUGCAAGCAAAGCAUAUCUGGAGUAAUUAAUGAUGUUGAUGUUGAAUCUAAAAUGGCAUUACAAAGAACGAAACAAAAAGAAUUGAUAUGUCAACUAAAGUCUCAAUUAGAGGAUCUAGAAAAGUAUGCUUAUGAGACUGGUGAUGCAGAAUUGCCACAAAGUAUGAUAUUAGAGAGACAGAAUAUUAUAAUCAAUCACUUGAAAGAGAAGUUAAAUUUCAAUGUCGACGAUCUCUGUAAAUUACCGGUUGAUGAUUUAAAAUGGCAAGUAGAUUAUGCUAUAAGUCAGAUUGUUAGUCCUUUGAAAAUGAAGGAACAAUUAGUAUCUCAAUUAAAAACACAAAUCGCGGAUUUAGAGCGUUUUAUAAAUUACCUUCAAGGGGAAGUUAGCACAGAAACAUUGGCCUGUACUUGUGCGUGCCCGGUACAUACUAGUGGUUCCGCUACUUCAACUUCGUAUGCUAAUAAGUCGUUUAAAAGAAAACCAAUAGAAGAAGAAAGUAAAACCAGAACUCUCAACACCGUUAAGAAAGUCGUGGUACUAUUACACAUGUUCCUAGUGUCUCAAUUAGGAUGCGGUAGUGAACGUGUGCGGAGGAAUCUCAAAAAAAAUUCAGCCCAUAAUUGGCGCGAUUUAAGAACAAGAUUAGAUAUCGCAGUAGAACAUGUUAUAGAGACCAUUGCAGAAAGCGAACGUCAUCUAGAAGAUAAAGAUCUUAAUAAUGAUGACUAUGCCUCGGACUCAGAUUCCACGUCACAUUAUAAUACAUUAAUAACGUCCGCCGUAAGGAAGCAUCUAGCAACAUCCAUACGUGAUUUAAUGCAACACGGUUUAAUGUCUGAUGUGCGUUCCAAUAGUGUUGUACCAUUCGUGGGGUGUUUCCCCCAAAGAAAUCCUUCUACUUCUAAUUUCUACUACCAUGCAUGGGAAUUAAUACUGGAGUACUAUGAAAUUAGAAACGGGCAUCGAUAUAAUUCUAGUCCAGCACAGAAAUUAUCUCAGAGUUUUAAUCUAGAUUUAGCAGGUGGAAGGAAUAUUUCCUCCAAAGAGAGCUUGUUAACAACCAUUGGAAAUAUUAUUGCAUCGCAUACGCCAUACAAAAGAAGCUAUGAUUCCCAUUUUAAAGCAUUUAUAUGUGCAUCUCUGAAUGCUAACAAACUGGUUGUCUGGUUGAAACUCAUCUUACAAUGUCAGUACCUUGUUGAGCAUCAUUAUGCAUCAUGGAGUUAUGUUGUGAAAACAGGUUUCCAAGAUGCGUUGCACACGCUUGACCGUCUUACUAGUUACAAAUUUGAUCUACCAGUUGACCUGGCAGUAAGACAGUUUCAAAAUAUAAAAGAUGCAUUUUGAUUGCAGAGCAUGUCAAGGAUUACAUACAUGCGAGUAUGCAGGUAGUCAUUUUUAGUCGAAAAAACACGAAAUAUCAAAUAUUACAUCGCAUAAUACGAAACAGUAUAUUUUAACCUUAUAAUAGUACGUCAUUUUUUAUGAUUUUAAAAGAUUAUUUUACGAAUAGAUAUUUUGAUCGCAUUUUAUUAGUAAAUAAUUGUUGACGACGCAAUAAGGUACAAUAGUUUUACAUCUCAGUAUUUUGUUACCAAGUUCUUAGAAUUUGAAUUUUUUCUAUCAUUUUAUGUGAGACUUAAAUAGAGAUAAAGUACGUUGCACGUGAAAACUUUAAUGGUAAUUUUAUAAUAUAGAAAUAUAUUUAAAAAGAGUACAGUACAGGUAAUAAUACAAUGCUGCCUGAUGUAACAUGGACUGAAGCAUAUUAUCUAGUUAUUUUAAAGUACAUAUAUCUUCAAAUGUUGCACGUUCUUGGGAAAAUAAUAAAUUUGGAAUGCUAGGAUCUUUAUAUACAUUAUUUCAAGAAUAAUCUCGUAAAGUUAUACCAGAGGUUUAUGAGAAUUGAAGAACGUGGAUUUCACUGUGAUUAAAAUUAAUGAAAGUCGAUGAACUUUUUCAAGAAAUUCAUAUUCUUACUAGAAAUUAACAUUAAAAACCAAAGAAAAAAACCAAAGAUUUUCUUUAACAUUUUAUCAAUAUAUUUGCCUAAUUUUCGAUCGUAGUAUUAUUUUACAUGUUAAAAGUAAUGGAUAAAUACUUUAAUUGCAACAUAUCAUUGAAGCAGUAACUAAAUUUAAUGACACGUAUCAGUGUGUGCAUAUGUAAAUCUACAUAGAUGUUGUAAUAUGUUGUAAACAGUUUAUCUUUGUUAUGUUUUAUCAAAUUCUAUAAUUAAUUUGUAUAAUAUAAGUAUUUGGUUACUCAUGAUCAGUAACAAAAGUUAAAGAAAAUAUCUAAUUAUUCUAUUGUAUAGCUAAUUGAAAAGAUUUGUAUAAAGAAUCACGUUCUUCUAUGCUGUUACAAGUAUAGAUCUUACAAAUAUUACUUUAAAUAACACGGUUCCUGAUUUUACCACCGUUAAAUAACAUUUUGAAAGACAUAUAGACUUCCGAAAAACACAUAUUACUGAAAAACAUAUUAUUUUCAGUAGUUCAAAGUUUAUUAGAUGUAUAUGCAGAUAUAUACAGUUAUGAUAUCGCCUAUAUAAGAUAAUCCUCGUAUAAGAUAGCAUUAAGGAUGUCAGAUGUAUCAUAAAAUAUAAAUAUCUGCUUUUUAUAUACAUAAUAAUUUGACAUUACUUUAUUGAAAGAAAAGCAUGCGAAAAUAUAUUUAUGGAGCAAUGUAUCUUGGCUUUUUAUUUAACGUCCCGAUAUUCUAAUUUGUCCAGGAGCGAAUAAACAAGAACAGAUUGUAUGAAAUUGGUUGUUUAUUCCUUGUAAAAGUUGUACAUCAGUAAAAGUUUUAUAGCAGCUUUUUUCAACAUGUUUGUAGUAUUUCAUUGAUAAUUCCUCGAUAUUCGUAGUAAGGUACAUAAUGUUUUUCUAAACGUUUACAAUCUUAUCUUUGAAAUAAAAGAAAUGAACAUAAACAGUAAUCUGUUGAAUUAAAUAAUUUUCAAUUACUUCUUUAUUAGGCAAAUACUUUAUUUAUCGUUCAAAGUAGAGUAUCGAGGAAUCUCUAUUUCCUUACAGAUUAGAUUAGUUUGUUGUACAUAAAAUUCAGAAUAGAUUCUACAUUGUCAAUAAAACAUUUGAACCUAACGAAUUAUAUAAUACCAGAAAUUUCUUGUUUGGUCAUAGACAAUACGUUUUGUACGCAUUAUGGCAGUAUGAUAUCACGUACACACUACUUACACAGGAUACAAAUACACAGAUGUUAAGAGCACAAACUUUGUAGAAGUGUUUCCUUUUGCUUUUGCAAAUAUAAAAGUUGUAUAUAAAAAGAUCUAUGGAAGAGCAUUUGAAUAUUGCAUUCACACUUCUUGCAUGUUAAUGCUCAACCAAGAAUAGUAUACAGAAACUGUAAGCUUAUACACUUAGCACAAUGUAUGCUUAUUCAUUCCUUUCAAAAAUCAACUGAACAGAUAUUCGUUGGUUACAAAUGAAUAGGCUUCUCUAGUAUCUAGAUGUUAUUAGAAAAAAAUAAUAGUAAAUUCAUUGGAAUGUAAAUGCAAAAGUAAAAGA